UGAGUCAUGGGAAGAUAGUCAUCCUCGUAACUGCUGUUUGUGAUUUUAGGGCUUCGACAUGUUUCACACGGAGGUCGUUCUGGGUUUGAACCUGCUGCUCUUUCUGCACGUCGGCGCUCAGUUCAGGAUUAAUGGACAGCAGAAGUGGCCCGUACCCUACAGGCGUUUCGAUCGUCGGCCUGAUGUGGACUCUUACUGUCAAGCUCUCUAUCCGUUCUGCCCCACCGGAGACCCAGAUGGACGGAUUCCCUACAUGAGAGACAGCGACACCAUCUCGGUGUAUCGGCUGCAGACUCCAGUGUGGGAAUUCAAGUAUGGAAGUUUGCUGGGGAAAUUUCACAUCAUGCAUGAUGCUGUUGGGUUCAGCAGUGCAGAGACAGGAGCCAACUACACCAUGGAGUGGUACGAGCUGUUUCAGCUGGGCAACUGCACUUUUCCUCACCUCAGACAAGAAGUGUACGCACCUUUCUGGUGCAACCAGGGAGCUGCCUGCUUCUUUGAAGGCAUCGAUGAUUUACACUGGUCACAGAAUGGCACCUUAGAAAAAAUUGGCGUACUCACAGGGCAGCAGUUCAACGAUAUGGCCCGCUGGGUGCAGGAGGACAACGAGACUGGCAUCUACUACGAGACGUGGACAGUUCGGUCUGACCCCAGCCCCAACGCCACGGUGUGGUUCGAAUCCUACGACUGUUCCCAGUUUGUCCACCGCACAUACAGGAAGCUUACAGAGCUGGGAGCCAAACUAUCCAGCCGAUCGCAGACCAACUACACCAAGAUCUACCUGUACAGCGGAGAGCCCACGUACCUCGGCAAUGACAGCGCCAUUUUCGGACAGCCUGCUCUGAAAAAUCUGGCAUUGGACAUCCGUAAAUUUUACCACACAUUUAGGCCACACCAGACAUUUGCAGAUGCCAUGAUCAGUCUGCUGGAGGCUUUUGAGACGGUCGUGUUGGAAAGGAGCUUCUACCUCUACUACAACUUUGAGUACUGGCAUCUGCCAAUGAAACCUCCAUAUGUGCGGAUUACAUAUGAAGAAGUGCCUUUGCCUUAAAAUCCCAUUUGACUACUAAUUUUUUAUUUUAUUGGUAAAUAUUAUUAGCUGAAAAGCUAAUGACAACAAUAUUAACAUAAACUUCAAUGAAUGGUUAAUUUUGUUCUUGUAUUUGGAAAUAGCAGUCAAGAAAAAACAUUUCAACUAAGUUGUCACAUGACUAUGAAGUCCUUCAAAAACUAAAUACACCCCACAAUUCAGUAGCUUGCAGAACUAGUCAUUGUUUUCUAUAUGACUUACACAUACGUUACAUUACUGCAUCAUGACAUUAUUCAUCAGCGCACAACCUUCGUAAGGUCCUGCAUAGCCUUUUAACCAGCUUGAUGUCUGAACUUUGGCUGGGUCAUAAUAACAUCUAGAUUAAAAAAAACAAAACAAAAACUGCUAUUUUGUUGUAGCUUUGCUGCUGUGCUUGGGAUCUCUGUCCACUUGGAGGAUCCUAUUUCAGCCAAGCUUUAGCUUAUAUUCUAAAGUCAGAUGGCCUCACAUUUGUCACUAGAAUAUUUUGGUAUACAGAGUUCAUGGUUGGCUCAGUGACUGCAAGGUCCUCAGGUACUGUGGCUGCAAAACAAGCCCAAAUCAUCACCCCUCCACCACCGUGCUUGACAGCUGGUAUGAAAGAUUUAUGCUUAUAACAUGGUGCUGUGCAUUAUGGCCACUUUGGUCUUAUCUGUCCAAAGGACAUUGUUGCAGAACUCCUGUGGUUUGUUCAGAUGCAACUUUGCAAAGCUAAGUCAUGCUGCCAUAUUCUUUUUAGAAAGAAGAGCUGCUCACACUUGCUGAUGUUAGUCAGUUAAUCAAGUGCAUUGAUUAGCAUCACCUAGCUGCUACUUAAUUCCUAUGGAAGCAUUCAGGGUGUACUUAGUUUUUUGGAGGACCUGAGUCCUUUGAAAAGCUUUCAAUCAUAAAAGGAUAAAACCUCACUUUCUUCAAGAGAAAAUAGAUUUUAAUUCAGUAUUUCUCACCAAGAAGCAUUAUGUACAGGUCUGCUGAGUGCAUUUCCUGCUUCAUAACAUUCUGUGUUUGUAAUACCAGUUUAAAAAGUAAAAGAAAAAUAGCACUUCUGGACUUUCCAGUGUUUAAAUGUUCGGAAACAUUUAGCAGGACUUUUCCUGGCCAAGAAGUGGCGUUUGUGGGUUGACUCUACAUGUUAUAGUGUGAUCAGUCCACACACAGUAAAA